AUGGAAUGUCCCGAUGGGACAAGAUUUGAUGAUGCUGUGAAUUCGGUUCCGUUUCAGGGAAGAUUCACGUUUCGCGAUGGGAUGAGACUUCACGUGUUUCAGGGUAUGUUAAAGCAACUAGCAUACAAAGACUUAGCAAAAAUGACAGAUAAUUUUAGCAAGGAAAACUACAUUGGGAUUUUUCAAUUUGGCGAACUUUAUCGUGGCUUUUUUGAUAAGGAACACUUUACAAUAAAGAUAUGGACUAUAUCUAAUCUAACAAAUAAUGUUAUGGGAUUUCGUGAACGCAAUCUAAUGGAUGAACUGAUCAUGCUUUGUCAUGAAAGACUUGCGCACCCAUGCAUUGUUAACUUGUAUGGAUACUGUCGUGACAAAGAGAAUCUUGCUGUUGUUUAUAACUUUAAAUCCAUGUAUUCACUCGAGAACAUAUACCUGCAAGAGGAUUUCACAUGGUUACAAAGGAUGAAAGUUGCAUUUGGAUUGGCAUGUCUCCUCGCGUUUUUACACUCUAAACGUGGAGAUCUCGAUUCAUUUGUAAUUCGCAAUUUGUGUGCAGGACAUAUAAUGUUGGAUGAGAAUUACAACCCAAAGUUGGUUGAUUUCAGCAUGAUAACAGGUGGUUUUUUACCAAAUAAGCAAGUAUAUUCUAUUCAACCAGCUUAUGGAUGCGUUGAUUACUGGGACACAGACUUAUUUCGAAACCACUCGACUCAUUUAGCAACCUGGACAAGUAAGAGUGAUGUGUUUGCAUUUGGUGUUAUGCUUGUAAGCAUGUUGUCAAAAAGAGUAAUUACUGAUGAAUUUGAAGAAGAAUUUAAGAAUAAUGCUGGGCCUUAUCCAGGCGAAUGGGCAAGUAGAAAAUAUGAGAUUGACAAAUCAAUCGUUCACAUGAGCUUGGAAAGAGAUUCAGGCUUUUCUUAUGCUGACGGGCAAGUCCUUUCAUUGUUGGCCGUGAAUUAUUAUUUUAGUUGUGCUUAUCUGAAAGAUAUGGAAAGAAUUGGUUCCAACGCCUUGAAGAGAUAUACUAACAAUUUCAGUGAAGAGAAUUACAUUGGAAGGUUUCAGUUUGGCAAAAUAUUUCGUGGGCUGUUUGAAUGUUAUUUAAAAGGGCCUAUGUUCGUCACGGUGAAGAUAUGGGAUGAGGACCAAAAUCCGCAACAUAAUUUACUGAGACUAGGGGAUGAAAUAUUACUUCUUCAUCAUGAAAAGUAUACUUGCCAUCCUGGUAUGGUUAGGAUGUAUGGUUAUUGCACUGAAGAUAAACAUGUUGCUAUUGUAAUUUUCUUAAAGCCCAUGAAUUCCAUACGAAAUCUCCUGUCUAGAGGUGAUUUUUUAUGGCUCUAUAGAAUUAAAGCUGCAUAUGGAGUGGCUUCUCUCCUCAAGUUUCUACAUGAUGUAUCGCAUCACAUGGAUCCUUUCAUUAUUCGUAAUUUGGAUGCAGCUCAUAUAUUAUUAGAUGAGGAAUACAAUUCAAAGUUAAUUGAUUUUGGCCUGAUAACUGGUGGGAUUUUUCCAAAUCGACCAACGUAUGCGGUUAAAUCAAGCUUUGAAUGUAAUGAUAGAGUGUUUCCGGCUUAUGACAGAAGUGGCACUUGGACUACAAAAAGCGAUGUAUAUUCUUUUGGGGUACUUCUUCUCUGUUUGAUAUCUAAAAGAAAUGUAAUGGAGCCAUUGUUUUCCUACGAUGGAUGGUCGCUUACUUCAAACGACAUCAAGAAGAUACUCGUGCACAAGAGUUUACAGAAUGAUUCAACAUUUAAUCAUGUUGAUGGGCAAAUUGUUAAAAGAUUGAUUGUUCAAUGUGUACAUACUAAUCCAGCUUGUAGGCCAAAUAUGUCCCAAGUUAUAGAGGUUUUAGAUAAACUAAACGUAGUUGAGAGAUACAAAUACUUUAUUAGUCCAGAUGAGAUUUCUAGAGUGAACUAUGUUAAUCAUUCCAACAUGCCUAAAUCACAUUUACUCCAACAUGUUUAA